AGCAGAGGGCUGGAGGCUCAACUUUAGGCCCCUCCCGGGAUGGGACAUUAUAAAUGUCCCUGCACCUCUCAUGUCUCUCUCUGCUCAAGGAAACUGCGGCUCUGAAGACUCAGGGACAACGUCCUUUUUCUCCCACUGUUUUAAAGAAGACCUCCUCACACAUGGAGACCAGAGUGGACACGAUCGAGGAGGUAGACCUUACAAAUUCUGAAAAUGGAAAAAUAACACAAAUGAACUUAGAGACGGCUUUGAAGGAAUGCUCCACUGCCUUGGAAUACUUUCUCAACAACCACUUUGCUGAUGCUCUGGCUCUUUUAAAACCAUGGAAGGACCAGAGCAUGUAUCAUGCCAUGGGCUACUGCAGCAUCCUGGUGAUGCAGGCAGGCAUGACCUUUGACCCCAAAGACAUGGAUGCUGCUAUGACGUCUUUGAGAGAUGCUUUGCAGACAUGUCAGCGUUUCAGGAAGAAAACAGGAUUAGUUGAGACCCUCACAAGUUUUUUGUACAGACAAACGUCUGAUAACUUGACAGAAGAGGAGAUGCACGCCGAACUGUGCUAUGCCGAGGUUCUGCUCCAGAAAGCUGCGCUGACAUUUUUAGAUGAAAGUAUAAUUGGAUUUAUUAAAGGAGGCAUGAGGAUACGCAACAGUUAUCAGAUUUAUAAAGAAUGCCAGGCCAUGAUAAACAGCAGAAAAGAGGAACAGCUGGGCUCACUUGUCCAUUUUAAGAGUGGUGUCAGUAUGGGCAUCGGCUCUUUUAACCUGAUGUUGUCUUUACUCCCAUCUCGAGUCCUCAGGCUGAUGGAGUUUCUGGGAUUCUCUGGAGACCGGGAGGUUGGUUUAUCAGAGCUGAGGGAGGGUGCGGCCAGUAACAGCCUGCGAUCCAUCCUCUGCACCCUCACACUCAUGAUGUUUCACCUUUACAUCACAGUUAUUCUAGGGACUGGUGAAGGAAACCUCACUGAGUCUGAAGCUUUGCUCGAACCUUAUGCCAAGAAGUUCCCAAAUGGGGCACUCAUGCUUUUUUACACUGCGAGAAUCGCUCUGCUCAAAGGCGAUUUCACUCUUGCCCAGGAGAAGUUCUUGGCCUGUAUCGCGGCGCAGGAGGAGUGGCGUCAGAUCCAUCACCUGUGCUAUUGGGAGCUCAUGUGGGCCUACUGCUUUGAACAGAACUGGAGUGAAGCCUACCGCUACGCUAACCUACUGUGUAAAGAGAGCAAGUGGUCACAGGCAGUUUAUAUGUUCUUAAAAGCUGCCAUCUUGAGUAUGCUCCCAGAGGAGGAAGUGACCAAAAUGGGAGAGAAUGUGGUGGAAUCAUUCAGGCAGGUGGAUGGACUCAGGAUGAGGAUUGCUGGAAAGUCCAUUCCAACAGAGAAGUUUGCAGCAAAGAAAGCGGAUCGAUACAAUUCCUCUAACCCCGUGGAGCUCGUUGUCCCUGCUUUGGAAAUGAUUUAUGUGUGGAAUGGAUUCACUGUCGUGGGGAAAAGACCUGAGCUCACGGAAGGUUUCCUGAGCUCUUUGAAAACAGCCGAACAGAAGCUCAAUGACUCCAAAAAUCCUUCAGUGUAUCACCUGGAUGAUCAGUGUGUGGUGCAGCUGCUCAAAGGCCUGUGCCUCAGAGAGCUGGGGCAGCUCGACCAAGCUGAGCUGUCCUUCAACCAUGUUAUAUCAAGAGAAACUGAAAUAAAGUUCAACAACUAUCUCGUACCAUACACCAUGUAUGAACUGGGCCUCUUACACAAACAACGAGGCGACUUUGACAAGGCCAUUGAAAUAAUGGAAAAUGUCAAAGCAAACUACAAAGAUUACAACAUGGAGUCAAGACUACAUUUCCGCAUCCAUGCUGCGCUCAACACAAUGGGAACAUUCACAGCCAAACUGCCUCCUUCACGUACUCCAGCUUGAAUCAGUG